AUGAAAAAAUUGAUCCCAGCUAUAGUCUCAGAUAUAGAUGGAGUAUUAGUAAGAGGGAAGUCUAUAAUUCCAAAUUCAGAUAUUGUUAUUAAGUAAUUAUUGAAUUGUCAUUACACAAAUGGAGAACGACAUAAUAUUAAGAUUCCCUUUUAUUUAUUGACUAAUGGAGGAGGAUGUACAGAAUUGGAUAAAGCUAAUUAAUUAAAUAAAAUAAUGGGUUCAAAUUUUAAAAGACAUCAUAUAUUUCUAAAUUAUACUCCAUUAAGACCAAUAAUGAAUGAAUAUUAGAAUAAAUUAAUUUUAAUUUGUGGAGCAGGAAAACUAACAGAAAUAGCUAAGGAUUGUGAUUUAAAAUAUUAUUACACAAUCGAUGAAUAUUCUGCAAUAUAUGAUUAAGUUACAUUUAAAUAAUAUGAUGCUGAAAUUAUUAGAUAAUAUGAGGCUGAUAUCAAAUAAAGACAUAUGGAAUAGAUGAAAAAUAAGUAAAUUGAAGCAGUUUUUAUAGUAUUUGAUCCUAUAAAGUGGGAAGAAAGUAUUUAGACAAUAUCUAAGUUGGUUAAAGAGAAUAAAGAUAUACCUAUUUAUGUAGUUAAUAAUGAUGUUACUUAUGCAGAUUAAUUUAAAUUACCAAGAUUAGCAUUUGGAACAUUCACUAAUGCACUAAUUUCUAUUUUAAAGAAAGAAUAUAAUAUAAAUCCAAAUAUCAUUUAUUAUGGUAAACCAUCUCUUAAUACAUACAAAUAUGUAUAAACAUAUAUACAUGAAAAACAUGAAAAUAUUGGUAAUAUAUAUAUGAUUGGUGAUAAUCCUACAAGUGAUAUAAGAGGAGCCAAUUUAAUUGGAUGGCCAUCAUUUUUAGUAAGGACUGGUGUGUUCAGAGGUGGUGAGAAUGAUCCAAAAGAUCCUGGGAAAUAUGUUGUGAAAGAUUUAAUGGAUGCUUACAAUAAGAUAUUACAAUUAGAAGGAUUAAAAGUUGUUUAAUGAU